CAAGUUGAGGAUAAAAUGUGGAUAGGUGACUCUUUAGCGGCUUUUGUACAAAAAUCCCGAAAGAAGAGAGACCGGCUUCUCUUUGAAACACUUGUAGAAAGCGAACGAGGCGAGCUUGUGACACUUUGGGUUUAUGAGAGGAGGCUCCCGGCGUCCGUCAUCCCCACUGCACCUGAGCUGUGAAGCCUCCAGAGAGGAUUUCUGAUUCUUCUGGCCGCUGAAGUUAUCACAGUCAAAUAUUUAUCAGGAUCUCCAGAUUUGGGCUCUUCUCCGGUUCAUAAAAAAAAGAAUAGAAAACUCUCUUCCUCCCAACUCAUCCCACUGAAGUUUUCGACGAUAACCGGCAUCGCCAGGAUUUCCAAGGAUGUGGCGAGUAUCCCGGCACUGGCUGAGGGGCGUGUCCCUGUUCCUGAUGCUGCGCUCCACCAUAUCCAUGGUGAUGCUCAACAACUCCACGGGCUUGAGGCAGAUACUUGACAAGUAUCUGGAUGAGGAUGGGGACUGGUGGCAGGCCAAGCAGAGGGGGAAGAGAGCCAUUACAGACAGUGACGCUCAGCUGAUCCUAGACCUCCACAACAAGCUCAGAGGCCAGGUUUACCCCCCCGCUUCCAACAUGGAGUACAUGGUGUGGGACACAGAGUUGGAACGUACAGCUGAAGAAUGGGCAGAGACCUGCCUGUGGGAGCAUGGCCCCGCCGGCUUGCUGCCACAGAUCGGCCAGAACCUUGGCGCACACUGGGGAAGGUACCGUCCACCUACGUUCCAUGUGCAGGCCUGGUAUGAUGAAGUUAAAGACUACUCGUUCCCCUACCCUCAGGAGUGUAACCCCUACUGUCUAUUCAGAUGCUCCGGCCCAGUUUGUACACAUUACACACAGGUGCCUACUCUGGUUUGGGCCACCAGCAGCCGGAUUGGCUGUGCCAUCAACUUGUGUUACAACAUGAAUGUAUGGGGACAGAUUUGGGCCAAAGCUGUAUACCUGGUUUGCAACUAUUCACCAAAGGGAAACUGGUGGGGUCACGCACCUUACAAACAUGGGACUCCAUGCUCUGCAUGUCCCCCGAGCUAUGGAGGAGGCUGCAAGGACAACCUCUGCUACAAAGAUGACAGAUCCAACGUUCUGCAAGAGGAAACAGAAGAAAAUAACUUUAUUGAGCCAGCGCCCCCUCGUUCCACAAAACCUCGGCCUCGGGCCUCCAAACCUGCACCUUCCAGCCUCCCGUCCCCCACCAAGCCCCCCACAGAGGACCUGGAGAAGAAUGAAGUGGUCAACACACAGCAGAUGUCUCAGCUAGUGACCUGUGACACUAAGCUCCGGGAUCUUUGUAAAGGGACACCAUGUAAUAGGUAUGAGUGUCCGGCCGGAUGCUUGGGCGCUAUUGGAAAAGUAGUUGGGACCGUAUACUAUGAAAUGCAAUCAAGUAUAUGCAGAGCCGGUCUGCACGCUGGUGUCAUAGAUAACGAUGGAGGAUGGAUGGAUGUAACAAGACAAGGCAGAAAGGACUUUUUCAUCAAAUCCAGCAAGAAUGGCGUGCAGUCAUUGGGAAAAUAUCAAAGUGCUAAUUCCUUCACAGUUUCCAGAGUGGCAGUUAAAGCCAUCACGUGUGGCGAUAGGGUUGCACAGCUGUGUCCAUAUGAAAAGCCUUCAAGACACUGUCCAAGGUUUUACUGUCCAGCAAACUGUUUAGGGGAGAAUCCUCACAUUGCCAGGGUAAUUGGAACAAGAAUAUACUCUGAUAGGUCCAGCAUAUGCCGAGCAGCAGUCCACGCUGGAGUCAUCAAGAAUGAUGUGGGAGGUUACAUUGAUGUGAUGCCAAUGGACAAGCGGAGACACUACCCUGCUUCAUACCAAAAUGGCAUUUUCUCAGAGAGCCUUCAAAACCCCCCCGGAGGGAAGGCGUUCCGGGUCUUUGCUGUCAUUUGAGCACACCGGCGGGUGGUUUCAACAGAAAACGAAGCACACUUGAGGCUGUUGAAUAGGCUGUAAUCAAGCCCCGUUGUCAAACUUGGUGACUGAAAUGUCUCUACUACAAUUUAGAGGUUACAUGUCGUCACCACGGCAGCAUAAACCCAACAACAAAAUCAUAUGCAAUGAGAACCUGCCUGUCCUCUCCCUGGAGGAAUGUUUCUUUCAGCUUUUGUGGGAUAUUCCACAAACUGUAAUUAUUUCCUGUUGAGUUGCUGUACAUAUUUGUUAAUAGGUUUUCUGUUCUGUUUGUGUUUUUUUUACCUUUGUGCCAUUGUCUUGCCUUUUAAACUAAUAUCUUUGUAUGAAUAUUGAUUAUAGGAAUCCUACAUUAUAAGUGCACUUAAAAAUUAAUAUCAUUAUAUUUUAUAAAGUCUGGCACAUUCCCAUUGGUGCUGUGGAAAGGCUUUUUGCCAUAUUUUGUACUUUUUGUAAUGACGGAAGAAAAACAUAUUACAUUUAUUUUUGUAUGAUUAUACUUUAUGUCAGUAUGUAUUGUAAUUGGGUGCUGCUAUAUAUAUUAUGUGUUGUAAUUUCCUUACUGAUGGGUUUUGUUUUCUAUUUUCCAAAAUAAUGUGGUUGAGCUUAAACUCCCUGCUGGUCAGGAAGUACACUCACCCAUCAGAGAGGUCAUUCCCUAAACAAAACCUUUGCAUUUAAUUUCACAGGAUGUCGCUAUUCCAAAGAUAUAUUCAGAUUAUUAUUUUUCUUUUAUCUGGGUAAACAGAAGUGUGAGCAACUGUGUACUUUGUUCCAAAGGUAAAGCAACUACCAGACUUUGUUGAAAACACAGAUGUUAUGAUGGGAAGUUAACUGUAUUGUUACAUCACAUUAUAUUAUGACCUUCAUUUUCCUACUUUGGGUUGUAAAGAAAGAUCCUCUGUACAAUAAAAGAAGACAGAUCAUA